UGAGCCCGUUCCAGACGCACACGCGCGCCUGUGUCCGUGGCGCGUUUAUUGUGGCGGUGACGCUCCGGACGCGGCGCGUGUUUCCUCCGUUGUCCAGAGGAGCUGCUUCUCCUGCGGGUUAAAUUAGCUGCUGCAGCGUUUCAGAGCAGCCUCUCUCGGACCACAGGAGCCCCCGGUGCAAUAAACAUGGCGGCAGAGCUUUCCACCACCAUAAACAUCAACGAGCCUCGGUGGGACCAGAGCACGUUUGUGGGUCGAGCGAAGCAUUUUUUCACCGUCACAGACCCGAGAAACGUCCUCCUCACCAACGAGCAGCUGAGCCAGGCUCAUCGGAUCAUCACUGACUACAGAAAAGGCGUCGUGUCCCCGGGUCUGACAGAGGACGAGCUGUGGAGAGCCAAAUAUGUGUUUGACUCAGCGUUUCACCCCGACACCGGAGAGAAAAUGAUCCUGAUCGGACGCAUGUCGGCACAAGUCCCAAUGAACAUGACCAUCACAGGCUGCAUGAUGACGUUCUACAAAACGACUCCAGCUGUUUUGUUCUGGCAGUGGAUCAAUCAGUCGUUCAACGCCAUCGUCAAUUACACCAACAGAAGUGGAGACGCUCCAAUCACAGUCAAUCAGUUGGGUGCGGCUUAUGUUUCUGCUACGACUGGAGCUGUGGCGACGGCUCUGGGGCUGAACGCUCUGACAAAGCACGUGUCUCCGCUCAUCGGGCGCUUCGUUCCCUUCGCCGCUGUAGCUGCUGCAAACUGUAUAAACAUCCCCCUGAUGAGACAAAGAGAACUGAAGCACGGCAUCCCCAUCACAGACGAGAACGACAACAGGUUAGGAGAGUCCACCAAAGCCGCUCAGCAGGCCAUUUCUCAGGUCGUGGUCUCCCGAAUCCUCAUGGCGUCUCCGGGGAUGGCCAUUCCACCCUUUCUAAUGAACCACUUAGAGAAGAAGGCCUUCCUGAAGAAGUUCCCAUGGAUGAGUGCACCUAUUCAAGUGAGCCUGGUGGGAUUCUGUCUGGUGUUUGCCACUCCUCUCUGCUGUGCGCUCUUUCCUCAAAAGAGCUCCAUCUCAGUGAGUCGCCUGGAGCCUGAGCUACAACAGAAGAUCCGAGCGAGUCACCCCGGGGUGGAGCGCGUCUACUUCAACAAAGGUCUAUGAGACACGCCCUCCGCCCUCUGACCACACCCAGUGUCCGUUUUAUUUAAUGUGCCAAAGUUCUGUUUCUCCUUAUGUCUCAGAGGGAAGCCCCUGUUUGGAAUCACAUACUUGAUUUUGUAAAUGUGAAUCUUGAGUUUAUUUUAAGUACAAACAUCAAACUGCCACUGAAAUGGCCAUAAUCAUGAUUAAGUUUAUUUAAGACCAAACUGUGACGGUGAUGUUUUUAAGGGUCUUCACUUGUCUAAAUGACUCAGUUUUAUUUUGUUUUAAUGAUUUCGACGCUUCUUAAGGCAGUUGUGAGAUUCAGUGAGCGCUCUGUGUAAACUCAGUUCUUCUUAUUGCAGGGUCCAGUAGAAAACAAAAGGGGGCGAUAAGGUGCUACAGUAUUUGAUGUCUUAAUGUUCAUGUACUUUUACUGUGUUAGCGACGCGUCGUAGAACAAACCACUCCUCUAUAAAGUGCUCACUUUAUCAGCUUCAGUAUUAAAACAGGAUUUACUCAGAUAUUUUCUACUUCAAAGUCAAAUACAAAAGAGGGAAAAAGAGCCAGACUUUUGUUUCUGUUGUAAAAUGAGAAUCUAAAGAUGUUUCUAUUGUGGUGUGGACUUUAUUCUACAGUUGGAUAUUUUUGUGUUGAAAAAUGGAGAAUAUUUUGAAUUAAAGAUCCAUUUGUUCACUUCAACAUGAACUUUGACUCCAAACACAUCCCCAGAGUAAAUGAGGCUCACGCAGGUUCAAUGUAAAACAGUGUUUACACUUUAAAUGUUAUUCAUUAAAUGUGCAAAUUUUCAUUUUGUGCUUGUAUAUUUUGCUCCUCACUUUCUGUAGAUAUUAAUGUUAAAUAAGACGUGUUUAGAGCGUAGACUGUAUAAAGUCUAUGGUUUAGAGCGUAGACCGUAUAAAGCUCCACAUUUGAACAUUUGAACAUUUUAAGUGUAUUAAAGCUCUUUUCA